UCGAACGAUUUUACUCGUUCACUUAUACAGUAAUUCGGCCCCAGUUUUCAUUGGGGCCGAAAAAUGUUGGCUCUCCACAACAAAAACUAAAAUUUGUCGUUGACACGGAUAUAAAAUCAAAUAAGAAUACGAUCACUUUACCAGUGGUUGAUGUUGCAGACGAAUUCGAUCUAUUAAAUGUCGAUAAUGUCGGCGGGGAAUCUAGUAAUUCUCAAGAGUUCUGCGGCUUUAAUGAUAAUGCAGAUUGUACCCAAAAUAAAGAAAUUGGUCUGGAUGCAGAUGCUAACACUAAACCUGAAUUGCCUCGGCGUCAUUCCGAUGAUAUGGAUAUAGAUGAAACACUUAGGGAUCAGCAUGAACCAAAAAUAUUUCAAAACGCCACAAACAUUCAUGCACAAGAUUCCUCCAAUUUUAUUACUAAUGAGGAAAUGGACUUAAACGGGAAAGCAUCGUUGAAAAUUGGGCAUAUUAUUGAUACAGUUGAUUUAACAUCGUCAGCAGGCAGUUCACCAGUGCACCGUUUUGACUAUAAUGAUGGCGAAGGAGAGGAUAACGAUGUCAGGGAGAAAUCGCCAAUGGUAACAAAUACAAUUGUGCCUUCAACAAAUAUUUUGUUAGAAUGUCUACAAAGAGAGACCACUGUAAUACAAAACACCCAACAAUUGACACAACAAACACAGCAUAAUACAGCACUGCCUCCAUUACAACCUAAACCUAUGGUAGCAACUAAAUCAUCAGUUUCUCUCAAAUAUCCCCAGUUGGCUGAGCGUUUAUUGGCUAACGGUUCAUCAGUUGGCUGUAUGGAUGUAGGACCAUCUAGUGCAAAGAAAGACUCCGUCGAAAAUAUCAUAGACUCCAUAGAAAUUCUUGACACUCCGGAAGGGAGUCCUCGUGGUUUCAUAGACGACAGACAUGAAAAUGAUACUAUCUUUAACGAAAACCUACAAACACUAAAUGGUCUAAAUGUUUCAGAGGAAAACCGUUUACUGAGCCUUAAUAACAACAGUUUAAAUUUGAAACGACCUGUUUCGCAGGAAUGUCAUGUUUCAGAGACUAUAUGUACAGCAAUGUCGGAAAAGACAAUAGAAACACCCUCUAAAUUGCGCAAAAUACAAAAUGAAAGCGAACAGCUAAAUACAAAAAAUAAUGCCUUACAACAAUAUCUUCCAACAGGAUACCAAAAUCAUCAGCGGUUGCGUAAACAAAAACAUGAACAUUUGUUACCUAUACCUAUGGACGAAGUAACAGAUGCCAUUCAAACAAAUUCGAACGAUAGUUUAGACCUUCAAAUUAAUAUUGACUCGAAUGAAAAUUCUACUCCAAUUGUAAAAAAAAGGGGAAGACCUAAAAAAUCGGAAAUCAAUUUAACCUCAGAAAAUGCCAAAGAAGAACAUACAAUAAAUUCAGACAAUAGACAGGAUUGCAAAGCACGCAGAGUUCAAUUGUUACGAAAAAGACUAGCAAUUGACAUGGUCGAUGCGGAGCAACCAGUUGCUCUUAUUACCGACAUUGCAACAUCGGGAGGCCCAGAAGAUAACAAAAGUGAACAGAAUAUUAUAGAAACACCUAAAAGAGAACGAAAUUUACGAACUCCCCUGAGAACAUCGAGAAGAAGUAACACGCCAAUAAACUUUCAAAGUGAGCUUAAAACAUCAAAAAGUAAGCCUUUAUCGUCAUUGUCAUUGGAAAACAAGAAAACAUCAAACGAUACAGGUUCUGAAAAUGAACUCAAUCACUUCCACGAAUCGAAUUCGUCUAUAUCGUCUGUCAGCUUUCAUAGUUCAUCAACAAUUCAAAAUAUUACAAACAUUGCAAAUAGUGUUAGUCAUUCAAUGACUUCCCAAAUUGAUUUGACUAUAUCUUCAUCAUCAAGCAAUAGCAAUGGGAGCACAACGAACACAAUUACCACUGUAGAAGCUACAUCGAGAAACGAUGGCCCCGUCUUUGUUAUUCCUGAUUGUAGUGUUAAUGGUGCAAAUAUUGGAAGUAAUAGUCAUAAUUCAAUGUUGCCACCCACAACAAUUUUAUCGUCGUCAGAUCCUUUACCGGAUAUGAUAUUCAAACCGAACGAUUUCUCUUCUAUAAUAGCUACACAGCAAUUAAGGGUCUCCAAUUUUUCAACUGUUUAUAAACCUGGAUCAGUUGCAUCACAAGAAGAAGAAACGGCGGACGAUGUUAGUGGAGCAGAUAACUCUGAAGAUGACUCAGCCAGUUCUUCUUCUAUGCCUGCAAUACCAGGCCGUAGCCGUGGACGUGUUCGGGGAUCCCGCGGAAGGAGUAUUGGUCGUGGUCAACGAAGUCAUGGUAUUAGUCGUGAUAGUUUAAGUGUAAAAUCUAUAGCUAUGAAUCGGCCACGUUGCAUAGGAGCCCUUAAGCAUACCCCUGAUCCUGAGAGGAUUAAAGAACUCUUCAGUCCGUCUCCUCAAGUUUUUGAAGAAGACACCCGUAUGAGCGCCGAUUUGUCUCAAACCAGUUUACAACAACAAUCUCCUUCUUAUUCAAGCCAACCUGAUUUUUUUACCAAUGAGGAGUCCCAGUCGUCCAUUAUCAGCAAUACGAGCAUUAUAGACCCGAAUAGCACGGCAUCAGCUCAAAAUAGUGCAUCCGCCAAGAAAACAACGAAAAAAAAGAAAAUGGAAGUUUGCGUUGCUGAAGACACCGACUUCACAGUUGCAUCUAUAGCAGAAUAUGAUUGGCCGCCACCGAAAGGUUGUUGUCCCUCAAAAAAUCGAGAUACCUUUAUGAUACAAGAACAGGUUGCAAUGUACUUGGGAAUUAAAAGCUUCAAGAGAAAAUAUCCCGAUUUACCCCGCCGUCAAGUAGAUAUGGAAGAGAGAAAUUGGUUGCAAGAAAAAGGGCUGGUGUCUGAAAAAAUGUGUGAUUUAGGAAUCACGGCCGUAUGGGCUUCCGACAUUUUGGACAUAAUGUAUACAGAUUUCUAUGAAAAGUACGAGGAGUAUAAGGACUUUGUACGGCAAAAACAUUUGCGUGAAAUAGAGGCUAAACAGAAAUCACUUGGACUCAAUGUGGCUGGAAGAGGUUUACAAGCUCGCGAAAGAGCCAUGUUAUCUACUAGCAAAUGGAACUCAUACUUUAACAGAACGCGCAAAGACGAACGAUUGUCAUUCCUCGAUCUUCAAACGCUGGUCAUUAACAAACCCUGCCCAUCUACAGCCCCUUUAUCUACUAUACCCAACCGUCCAGUUGCUGAAGCAGUUGCGUUAGCUAUAAAAACGGAGCGCAUUUCUCAACCUCCGACUUUGCUUAAACCUCGGAUUUGGGAACCAUCAAGGCCAAGAGAUAUUUAUUACCCGUUAUCUCUCGUUCCAGGCCAAUUUUGUGAGAAAUAUCACGACUAUUCAUCUGAUGAAUUACGGUAGGCAUGGUCUUUAAACUAUUUAUAAACAAAUAUAUUCUAUUUUAUUUUCACUUUGGAUGUAUGCCUCCCAAUACGACGGUAGACCUUAUUUUAAACUA